GUGCCAGUGAGAAAAUCAAGGCACGGACCGGUGGAUUUAAUUUCAUGUUGGGUUAUUUCCCCUCGGCCGAUUGCGUGGUCUAGCUUUCGGUAUGGGGAGUCAAAUCGAGUGUGAUCGUUGUAUUAUUUCGUUCCGUUCUGGGUCCAAUUGUGUAAAAAGGCUAUACGCAAAACUUAACAGUAUCCGUGAAGCAGUCUGAUUUGGGAUCCGUUUACUGAUAACACAACGCCCACUUCUGGUCACUGUUGCAAAGAACAGUAGUCAAGAGUCAACUGUCUGUUUUCGAUUCGGUCGUCCAGCUAUGGUGGCGUGCUCUGAACACAGUUACUUUUUAUAAAUGUUUAUUGGAGACAUGAGCGACUUAAUAAAUCCGACCAUCUUUUGAUGUUCUGAUUAGCAGAAUGAACACACACAAGAAAAAUAUAAACAAACGCAAAAGUAACUGCCAACAGUUUAGUGCCAGAUAUGUGCGGCAGUACAAUGAUCUAUGUGAAGGUGAACUUAUACGUGAAUGUUGUGGAUUUAUCGGCCGGUAAGAAAAUAUUUAGUACACUUAUUACAACUGCAUUAUCAAGCAUCCUGCAAGCUUAAGCGUUUCAAAGGGUCUCUCUAGAGCAUGACCGGUAAAGACAUUUUAGGAACAUACUACAGUGUUUUGUCAUGUGAGGACCUUGAAAACCUUGCAAUACUUUGCUAUUUAAAAAACAAAACAAAAAACAAAACAAAAACAAAACAAAAACAAAACAACAACAAACACUCAAAUAUUGAACGUGUAGUAUGCACGUAACAAAACCAAGUAUUCGCUACAUUUUGUAAUAUGAGUUUUUAUUAUCUUUUCCUCUUGGCAUUGUGCCAAUACUUAAUCUCUGAUGCCUUGCUCACUGUAAAGCUAAUAAUAGCUAGGUAAAUAAAACUGGCGCACGAUAAUGAACUAAAUCAAAUCAGAUAUUGUGAAGAAAAAGAAAUGUAGUGUGUUAUUAUGAAACUGCGUUCAUGUGUGGAGCAAUUUCUUGUGAUGGAAGAAGGACAAAUGAAUGUUGAAGGCUUUCAAGAUUAUUAUCGCUCAGUAAGGAGGCUGUUAUUCAUAACAGUUGGAUAGAAAUGUCACUCUUCAUUGGGAACGUGUGUGAACGCAACCUGGGUUCAGGUCUCCAAAUCUGCUACUGGUGUUUCCAGAAUAUCAACGACAGCUCGUUGAAUCCAAACUCUUGAAUUUCUUAGAACCUGAAGAAGACAAGCUCGUGCCUGAGUCCAUACUCUUACUAGUGUCUUAUUCUUCCGGUGUCAAGGCCUAGUGUAUUUUUUUUCUCUGUUGCGUCAACAGUUUUCUCUAUGGCAUAACGAGGUUGCAUUUUAAGAAGGAAUAACGUUUUAAAAUAUUUGGAGGGACAGCAAUAUAACUAAGACGUUACACCAAAAGGAAUCCACUCUAAGGUGUUUGUAAUUAAGUGAGAAAGUGUUUCUCUAUGUGUUGAUCUUGCACCAGAAUGUUGAAUUUAAGUGAUAUAUAAGAUAUUAGUUUUAAAACAUUAUCACAAUCAUAAUGGUGCCAAGGAUCAUAAAAAGAUGGCCUCUUGUUCUUUGCUGGAUUGUGUGCAUGCAAACUAUGACGUCAUCGGUCUAUGUGGAUUCUGAAAUCUCUUCUGACGUUCACGAUUUUGAGGACGCUAACGAUAACUGGACCACUCUCAAGGAUUACCAGCUGGUGCGCGUGCAGGCUAAGAUGAACGAGGUCAACGGAGCUCCAUCGAUAGACGCCACUCUUGGCACAGGUCAAGGUCACUAUGGCUACGCCAUGUAUAACGCAACAAACCACCACCACGUCCUGUUCAGCGCAUGCCAGCCGCCCUCUGGAGCCCAAUGUCGCCUCAACUUUAGCGCUGUCAUCAACACCAAGCAUUCGCUGAGAGUUGGAAGCACGCUCAGCUGCGACGCCUGUUUAAACUCUAAAGGCAAUGAAUCCUGGAAGGUAGUGGAAGUAGCGCCGACCGAACCCGAAAAAGGGUGGCAGCAUAUCUCUGUGGAGCUGGGUACUCACGAGAUACCCUAUGAUGUCACAAUAUUUGUGGCCGUCAAAGAGCCAAAGGAAUUUAUUGCAAUCGAUGACCUACAGUUCAUUGAUUGUGAGCAAGUUCCGUCAUUGCCCCUGUCGUGCCCGUCGAAGAAAGAUUAUCAGUGUGAUGUCACGCGCAAGUGUCUCUCCAGAGACCGACUCUGCGAUCUGGUCUCAGACUGUGUGUGCGGCGGGGACGAAGCUGAGGAAUUGUGUGAAAUCGUUCCUUUUGAAGGCCGCUUCACGCUCCAAGACUGCGACUUCGAUUCAAGCAAUUGCCUGUGGUAUAACGUACGUGCCGGGCAUGAAGCCAAUUCCUGGACGCAUCCCACUGGGCAUGAUGAGGAGCACAAGGGUGCCUUCCGGUGGCGCUCGUCAAGAGUGACAUCAGGGAAGUCAAACCGACUAGUACAGAUGUCUACGCCUCCCGGUUUUCAAACGACGGGAAGUAUAAAGAAGAGUCGCGGAUCAGAUUCCCAUUAUACAGGUCCCUAUGUGUAUGUCACCAUGCCACCAAAAAAUGCUGGGAGUGUUGCCGUACUUCGCAGUGUCUCUUUACAGCCUCGCUUUUCUUCUGGAGGGCUCUGCCAGGUGAGGUUCCACUACAGGAUCACAGCUCUGUCUGCCAGUCUGCGGCUGGACAUGGUGGCUGUGGGCAAACCUGGGAGGUCACAGGUUCACAAGGUCAAGUGGGAGCAAGUGGUCAACACCAACAAUGACGUCAUGGAUCCCUGGACAUGGAAGCGUGUGGUCGUCGACCUCAACACCGAGGCCAUCAACUCGAGCUAUAUCCUGCAGUUCAGGGCCAUAACAAGCGACCCAAAAGCCAGUGGACAGGUGGCUGUACACAGUAUCAGCCUCAGUCCUGAGUGUUUCAUACCAGAUCUGAAGCUGAGUACCUGUGGCAUGUCUGGGCAUAUUGGUCCCACUCAGAGGCGUUGUGAUGGCAGCUAUGGUCAAAACGGAAAAGUCAACGUGGUCAGAGGAAUUCAGUCCUGGGUUGUCCCGGAAACAGCCAUUUACACAAUUCAGGCUCUGGGCUCGCGAGGCGGGAAAGGGUUCAACGCCUCCGACUCAGUGCUUCUGUCAAGGGGGUCAAGGGUCACCGCCAAGUUCUGGCUGCUCAAAGAGGAGGAACUCUUCUUCGUCGUCGGCCAAGUGGGUGAGGACGCUACCUGCCAGCUCACUGGAAUGCUUCUGCCUGCCUAUUGCUUCAUGGAAGGGUUUGAUCCUGCCCAGAAUGCCGGCGGAAGCGGUGGCGGUGGAGGUGCUACCAUCGUCUUCAAGCGUAAGAACGGCACGAAACCGGAAGUCUUGAUGGUGGCAGGAGGUGGCGGUGGUCUCCCCUCACACUUGACCAAUGACCUCAAAGCCUCUCUAGCGCGCAAUUAUUUCGGAGAGACUACGGUUGCCACGGUUACCAGCGCCAUAUCAGUGAACUGGGCAAAGGAGCCUUCGGUGAGGUGUACUACGGCCUACUGUCCAAUGUACCCAUGGUAGACGGAGACCUGCCGGUAGCUGUGAAGACUUUGCAGCCCGUGUGUACAGAACAAACGGAGAUGGACUUUCUCAUGGAGGCUGUCAUUGUCAGCAAAUUCAACCAUCCUAACAUUGUGCGGUUUAUUGGUGUCUGUUUUGAGCAACAUCCUCACUACCUGGUGUUAGAGCUGCUGGAAGGCGGAGACCUCAAAAGCUUCUUACGAAAUGCCAGACCGAAAUGGGACCAGCCAUCACAACUGACGGUCCGUGACCUUCUCAGGCUGUCCCUGGACGUGGCGCGAGGCUGCCAGCAUUUGGAAGAAAAGCAUUUUAUCCACCGGUCAUUUGGCAUCCUACUCUGGGAGGUGUUUUCACUUGGCCACAUUCCGUACCCAGGGAAUACCAAUGAAGGUGUAAUGUCCCUGGUCACUCAAGGAGGGCGCCUGGACCCACCAGAAGGAUGCCCAUCAGCUGUGUUUGACAUCAUGGCCUCCUGCUGGAGUGCCCUGCCAGAGGGCAGACCGACCUUCUCCCUGAUCAUCUCCAGUUUAGAGAAAACUCUACAGGAUGAUGACAUGUCUCAAAGGGGCCUUCCUGUCUUCUACGUCCCGCCCAUCAUCAACUCUCGAGGCCUCCGCCUACAUGAACGACAGCCUUCGACCCCGCCCACUGCUACCACCAGAGCUGUUUCAAAUCACGCCCACCCUGUCUCUAGCCCAAACAGCUCGGGCGACGGCUACCUCGUGCCACUCCUCAGACACAACUACUCCGGAAAAUCCAGCGACGGGCAGGUCUCGUUCAGCAACAACGGUUCUCCGCGUCAAAGAGGGGCGGAGCUUGACCGAGGAGGGGCCGUUGGAGAAAAUAGGGCAAACAGAUCUCACCGUCUCCUCAAAGACAUCCACGAACCUCAGGACGAUAGUUCGGACUUUGGAGAUAAGAACCGCCCAAUUACUAAACAGCAGUUCCGGGCGCCAAAAGUGUUUUAUAAGCCUGGCAUAAGCCCCCACGUAACCAUUCCAGACGCCUCGUCUGAAGCUCUGCUACCCCCGGACAGAUAUACUGACGGUGAUGCUCUUGGCGCCUUACCCAAUGGCGCCAAAAUAAAGUUCGCCGACGAUGAUGACGUUGAAGACGACGAUAGUGACGAUAAUGACUUUAAUACUGAAGAUGGGGAGAACCUGAAAAUGGGGGUCGCUGUGGCGCUCCCCGAGAGGAGUAAGAAGAAGAAAUCCUACACAAAGUUCCCUCGUCCUGGAACUUGACAAAGACGUCUUCUCAGAACGCUCUGUUCGUUGGUUUUGACCGGUGCAUGGACUCCGGCUGUUUUCCGAAGGCAACUGCUGUUUGAUGCUAUAAUUCUGCUUUCUUUUAAUAAAUGUUUCCCUCGUUUUAUCAUGGAAUUCACUCAUGCCAAGA